ACUUCCAAAAGACUGCAUUUUUCGAAUUCCCAAAUUGGCGGACUUCUCUCAAAUGGAACGAAUCAUUCCUCUCCAUAAACCGAACUCGAAGCACAUCUUCACCCGAUCGAUCUUGAAAUCCUAGAAUCCCUUCUCGUAUCUCCUCUCCUCUCUCUGAGCUUCGAUGGAGAAUAAGCCACCAGUGCGCUGCAGCGAGAACGAGGAGGUCGCCGCCUAUCUGUGGUUGAAGAGACAGGAAAUGGCUGAUCAGAAUGGCAUCUCGGAGAACCUCGACCUCACGCUGUCUAUCGCGUAUCGUAACCUCUGCAAAUCCAAGACCCCCGUCAGAACCCUCAAGGAACUCUCACAGAUCAAGGGUGUGGGGAAAUGGAUUUUGAGGCUUAUGCAGGGGUAUUUCCCCAAGGAUGUUUCUGAGAAAUCUCCAACGAAGGCUGCGGCCAAGAAGACAAAAGGACCGAAACGCUAUCUACCACAAAAGAAUUCAGCGGCAUAUGCUCUUCUGAUCACACUGUAUAGAGGAAUUGCGAAUGAAAGUAGUUUUAUGAUGAAACAAGAACUCAUUGAUGCUGCUGAAGCGAGUGGGCUUUCGAGGACGUCUAUUUUGAUGGAAAAGGGGACAGGGAAACCUGGGCAAUUUGGGAGCUCGGGAAGGGACUGGUAUUCUGGCUGGAACUGCAUGAAGAAUUUGAUAGCAAAAGGACUAGUGGUCAAGUCUAGCUGCCCUGCAAAGUAUAUGCUUACUGAAGAGGGUCAAGAAGCUGCCCGUGAAUGCCUCCUAAGAUCUGGUCUGAUUGAUUCUGCUGAGAAGUUGAAUCAAAUAGGCAUAUCUCAAAAAGGUGCUAGUGAAGGAAAUGCAUCACAUUCAAACUUUGUUCGCGCUGCUUCUGCUGAUCAAGACACUUCAUCAUCGUCUUCUUAUUUGGCCAAUCAAAUGAAAUCAAAUCUUGUUCAAAUUGUGCUCAGUGAUAAGGAUAUCUCAACAAGUGGCCAAGUUGAUUCUUCAGAGUCAGAUGAAGAAGGAUUUACUGAAAAGAGUUUUCCUGGAAAGUUGACUGCCUGUACAUAUAUGAAUAAAGUUUCAGUUUCUGCCAGUUCGGCUCCAAGCUCAUUCAAUUUGCAGGCCUGCUCUUCUUCUGUUUCUCCUGUGAACAAGAUAUCUUGUGCCUGUGUUGUUGAAGAAACUGUCAAUAUUCUGGCCAUGCCACCCCAUAGGUUUGGUGAGAAAUUUGAGGACGUCUAUGAUGUCAUCUUAAUAUUGGAUGACCGAGAGAACUUUGGGCCUCGCUCGAGAAAUAUUGUUGAUAGUAUACGUUCACAAUUCAAAAUUCAUGUAGAGGUCAGACGCUUGCCUAUUGGAGAUGGAGUUUGGAUUGUUCGAGAUAGACAAUCUAAUAACGAGUAUGUGCUUGACUUUAUUGUUGAAAGGAAAAAGGUUGAUGACUUAUGCAGCUCCAUAAGGGACAACCGUUACAGAGAUCAAAAACUGAGGCUACAGAGAUGUGGACUCCAAAAGCUGAUAUACCUGGUUGAAGGAGAUCCAAAUUCAUUGGAAGCUGCUGAAAGCAUCAAGACAGCUUGUUUCACAACAGAAAUCUUGGAAGGAUUUGAUGUGCAAAGAACAAAGGGUUUGAUUGAUACUGCAAAGAGGUAUGGCUAUCUCACACAAGCCAUAAGCCAGUACUACAGCGACCAUUUUUCCCGUGGCUCUGACAUACUAAGUAGCCACAAAGUUUGCCCUACCUUUGGUGACUUUGUUAAGAAAUGUCAAGAUCUAGAGAGAAUGACAGUCAGUGAUGUCUUUGCUCUUCAACUGAUGCAGGUUCCACAGGUAACGGAAGAAGUGGCACUUGCUGUUGUAGACUUGUAUCCUACUGUUAUAUCCCUGGCUCACAAAUAUGCUCAACUGGAAGGUGAUGUUCGGGCUCAGGAGGAGAUGUUGAAGAAUCAAAAUAAAUCGAUCAGUGGCGCAGCCAGUAAGAACAUAUUCAAGUUGAUUUGGGGUGGUUGAAAAUUUUCACUUUGAACUUGCACUGAAGUCAGAUUCUAAGCGAAGGGGUUCCGGAAUAUCAGCGUGAACUAUUUUGCAUGUCAUUCCUUCGAUGACCGUCAUCUUCGUCUUUGAGUUACAAAAAUUGAAGUUAAAAUGAGAGAUGAAUUAUGUAAAAUCACUCCAAGUGAUUAUAGCAUCUUCUGUAUUUAAAUUCAAGAAGUUGGACAAGGCCAAUUAGGAUCCUAACUGUGUUACCUGUCUCAUAUAUAUAUAUAUAUAUAUAUAUCUGGCAUUAGCUUU